AGGCGGGUCUGCUGUCUUUUCCUGGACGACUCGGCUGCGGUGUCGCUAUCUCUGCCGGCCAACUUACCCGGAGCCUGCAGUAAAAACUUUUACCCCGGUGUUCACUCUCCUCCGGUUUACACAUGGCUCCCAGCGUGCAGCUGAAGGAGGCUGUAGCCGACAUUCAUGACGGAAUUCGGGCCAUUCUUCUUGGACCUCCGGGAGCUGGGAAAGGAACUCAGGCUCCUCGUCUGGCGGACAGAUACUGCGUUUGCCACCUGUCCACUGGGGACAUGCUGAGGGCCAUGGUGGCGUCAGGCUCAGAGCUGGGGAAGAGGCUGAAGGAGACCAUGGAUGCUGGAAAACUGGUCAGUGAUGAGAUGGUGGUGGAACUCAUCGACAAGAACCUGGACACUCCCGCCUGUAAGAACGGAUUCCUGUUGGACGGGUUCCCCCGAACGGUCAAACAGGCAGAGAUGCUGGACGACCUGUUGGACAAGAGGGAGGAGAAGCUGGACUCUGUGAUCGAGUUCUCUGUGGACGACUCUCUGUUGGUCCGCAGGAUCUGUGGCCGACUAAUUCAUCAGCGCAGCGGACGCUCGUACCACGAGGAGUUCAACCCCCCCAAGGAGCCCAUGAAGGAUGACGUGACAGGUGAGCCGCUCAUGCGCCGCAGCGACGACAACGAAACGGCGCUGCGUUCGCGUCUGGACGCCUACCACCGUCAGACGCGCCCCCUGGUGGACUACUACUCAGCUAAGGGCCUCCACAGAGCAGUUGACGCCGCCCAGCACCCAAACGUCGUCUUCGCCUCCAUCGUCGCCGCCUUCACCGCCGCCACUGACGUUCCCCUGCGUGCCUCCGCCUGUAAAGACCAAGUGUUCUUCAUUUAAAACCUUUUUCUUUUUCUUCUUCUUCUUCUUCCCUCUUCCUUCACAACUGACUUCAGCUCGGCUGUUGUUCUAAAGGUUGGGUCGUGAACCCUGCUGUAGAAACAGAAAAGAUUUCCUGGUGUCGGAGAAGACGGGCCUCUGUAGAACUGAUCCGUCACAGAGGAAAACCUGACACCUUAUAUUGAUCACCACGGUGCUGCAUUUGUCUUAGAACCAAAAAAAAAA